AUGCCCGGGGUUCGGUGGAGCCCCGCAGGGAACCGAACGGACUUCUUCCCCUUCUUCUCGGACUUCAGGGGCGCCAGCCGCGUGGCGCUCAGCGCCCUGGAGACGGCCGUGCUGGCGUGCAUCUUCGCGCUCGCCCUGGCGGCCAACGCGUGCGCCAUCCGGCUCCUGGCGCGUCGCAAGCGGAGGCUGAGCGUUGCCAUGCUGGUGCUCAACCUGUUCUGCGCCGACCUGCUCUUCAUCAGCGCCAUCCCCAUCAUCGCCGUGGUGCGCUGGACCGAGAGCUGGACCAUGGGCCACGCCGUCUGCCACCUGCUCUUCUACAUGAUGGGCCUCAGCGGCAGCGUCACCAUCCUCUCGCUGGCCGCCGUCAGCCUGGAGCGCGUGGUCAGCAUCGUCCGGCUCCGGCCCUCGAGGACCUACAGAGGCAGGCUGGUGGCCGGCCUCCUGCUGCUCAUCUGGGUCGUCUCGGCGCUGGCCACCCUGCCGCUCUGCCUUUUCUUCACAGUCCAGCCGCUGACCAGAAAGCACCAGGAAGUGUUAAUUUGCACCUUGGACUGGCCCAGCAUUUCAGGAGAGAUUGCUUGGGAUGUGUCUUUUGCCACUGUGAUCUUCUUAAUACCAGGAUUGGUCAUCGUAAUUAGUUAUUCAAAGAUUUUACAAAUUGCAAAAGAAUCAAGGAGACGUCUUCAUGCUGGCAUGGCCUACUCAGAGGGUUAUCACAUUCGAAUUUCCCAGAAAGACUUCAGACUGUUGCGGACUCUGUUUGUAUUGAUGAUCUCUUUCUUUCUUAUGUGGAGUCCGAUAAUCAUCACCAUUCUCCUCAUUUUAGUGCAGAAAUUCUAUCCAAACGUGAACCUGAUGCCUUCUUUUUUCUUUUGGAUAGUUGCUUUCACAUUUUCCAAUUCAAUUGUCAACCCAGUUUUAUAUAAUGUAUCCCACUUCAGGCAUGAAUGGAGGAAAAUCUUUUUAUGCUGCCCAGGUCCUCUUGGAAGAAAAGCGCUUGCCACAGACACUACGCUGAGGCAGAAUAACAACAGACAUUUUACCGUGUCUGCUAUUUCCACAUAACCAUGUGAUGUUUCUGACAGCGGUAAUCUCACCAGCUUCUUAGAACAGUGUGCUAAAGAAAGCGUCUGGGAAAGAGGGAGGCGGGUGGAAUUAAAAUAUCAAGAUUUGCGCAGCAUAUUCUGGUCUUGGGAAAUCUUGGUGCUGCAGAAAACGACCUUGUAACUCUCCCCAUAUCAAGAUGCAAGGGAUACUGAUGCUGAUGGCGUUACAACAGAAGUUAAAAUGUUGACUUCAGAGCGUAACUGAGCUCUGCAGUUUACUAUCUUCCAGAAAGUGAUUGUAUUUUGUGGGAUCUUUGGCAUGGGGCAGGGACGAUGAUACUUCCUUGCGUGAGAGCCAAAGAAUCGGCGUUAACAAAUAACAAGUUUAAAAAUGCGUAAGUGGCAGAGACACAGCCAAAUGUUCACAUGUGACUGCUAGGUUUAUAAAUGUACAAGUAGCUGCCAGCCACAGGGAGACUCAGCCAUUCAAACAGUACUGUGUAUUUUGAACGUGUCUAUGGGUUUUCUUCUUGUACUGGAUUCGCGCCUAGCUGGUGUAAAAAGGUUG